AUGACCACUGAAACUCCUUACACACCUUUACUUGACUUCGACCCAAAUACUCCAUAUCAUACAUUUAUACGAAAUUUACGUUUGUUGCGUACUGGUCAAGUCGUAGUUGGUUUUAAUGUGUUGCUUGAUACGACAAGAGUAGUCUUCUAUGGACCACCGGACGCACAGAAGAGGGGGAAGGUGAGGGGAAAAGUGAAGCUUGAACUUGCCGGGAGAAUGAAUGUCAAAGAAAUUCUGAUAACCCUCACAGGCGAAUACCAUAUCCCAACAUCACCAUCCAUAUCAUGUCAGAUCUUUUCAACCUGCAUUCUUCUUGUGCAUAAGCGUACUCUCGCGCCUGGCACGCAAGAAUUUCCAUUCGAGUUUGUCUUGCCCGGCGAUUUACCAGAAUCAUUCGGCUGUGAUCUAAUGCAAUGUGAAUACUUCAUAGAAGCUGAAUUGAAACCUAGAGACGAAUUACACAGUCGAGAGAACAAACUAAAGGAGAGAAUGGACUUGGUAAUAGAAAGAGCGUUAAUUGAGAAUGAUGAGUACGUAAAGUAUGGGCUAGAGAGUGUAAGAUACGUUGGCAGUAUGGUUGAUGUCCUCGAUUACGAAUUCCUUGUUCCAAAAAUCCUACCAACAUCCAAUAACGAACUCAAAUUCCACGCACGAUGGGAUGGUCUUCUCGUGGAUAGCGUCCGAUUUUGGUUAAUUCAGAGUGAACACAUAAAAUCUGCUCUAUUCGACUAUUCUCCCGCUUUCAACAUUCACUCGCUACCCACUUCUUCCACGAGCCAUUCAUUUGAUGAACUUACACACAAGAUUAUAGCUGGUCCAUAUCUAUUCAAUCUCCCCCGCAAUCAAUUACUUAAAUUACAAUGUCGACCGAUGGUUUACCAACUGCCUAUAACAGAACCGUUCGUACCCGACUUUUACUCACUAGGAUUCGAAAUAACUCAUCAACUGAUCGUAUCCAUUCAAAUGGCAGAUAAAAAACAGGCCAAGAUUGAAUUCGGAAUACCCGUCAGAUUUCAUUCUAUUGUAGCUAAUGAUAAUAUGGUCCCGUCACCAUGUAACGUGCAUGUCAAUGUAUACGGAGCACUUCUAUACUACGGACACACGUUCUACCGAGGUAAAACAGCUGAUGAAAUACAACAAGAGUACUUAGACAGAAUGAAGAAGAAACAAAUUAAUCGACUGCGUCGUCGUCGAUUUAUCAUACCCAGACAUCAAUCGGACGAAGCAAUGACUAAAUUUGAGGACAGGAUCGGUAACGCCAAUUACACAUACAUUCCGCCAUCCAUAACAAGCAAUGUAGAUAAGACCGACAUCGAUAGCAUUGAAACUGAACAAUUAGUGCCAGUUACUGGAUUCUGCACGGAUACUGUACGAUCUGCUUCAACGACCAAACACUCUUCAGCAACAUCCACGGCAACGACAAUUACGCCUAGUCAUAACACAAAAUACAACGACAAGCAGAAUACGUCGAUAUUCUCUAACAUUAAUAAAUCUAAAUUUGCAACAACGUCUUCACGCACAUACUCUAUUGCAUCUAAAUUAGGCUCACUAUUGAAUCAGAAGAACCACGGAUCACAAGUCGUCAAGGGAUGUAAUGCUACUGAUGGAGACCCUGUAAAAUAUUCUCCUGGGGUCAUUGAGACGUUGGCUCUUAGAGCUGGAGUUAGUGGAAAUUGGCAAGUUGGAUCAGUAUAUGUAUAG